CCGCUGCCGCCGCCGCAGCCGCCUGCCACUGCGCGUUCCGCGGGGGAGGAGUCGGAGGCGGAGAAGAAGGCGGUGGUGGCGGGUGGAGGAUCGAGAGCUGUUCUCGCUCCGGAGCCGCUGCACAGUUCGAAAUCUUCUACGGCUUGUUCGUUGUGUGAAUAGAAGCUAAUUCACAUCCAUAAUUGCACUUAACUGGGCACACGAAAACUGCCAUAUAUGUCACAGUAUACUGAAAAAGAGCCAGCAGUAAUGGAUCAAGAUUCCAGCAAGGCUGCCUGGCCCAAACCAGCAGGAGGAUAUCAGACAAUCACAGGAAGGAGAUACGGAAGAAGACAUGCAUACGUCAGUUUUAAACCAUGUAUGACCAGGCAUGAAAGAAGUUUAGGUCGGGCUGGUGAUGACUAUGAAGUGUUGGAACUAGAUGAUAUUCCAAAGGAAAAUUCCUCAGGUUCCAGUCCAUCGGAUCAAGUUCAUUCUUCUUUACCCAACGACCCUCUGUUUGAAAAAAGUGAAACGGAAGUUCCCAUUUGUGAUACAACAUCAAAUCAAACCAUUGAGAGCAGUCCAUGCUUUGCUGCAGUACACCAUAGUGAGGAAGGCAGGGAGACUUUAGGAAGCAGUACAGAUCUUCAUAAUCACUCUGAGGGAGAAUAUACUCCAGAAGCUUGUGAUGCUUCAAGUGUACAAAAUGGAAUUUCAUUGGUUCAUACUGACUCUUAUGAUCCAGAUGGCACACAUGGAGAGGCCAAUGACCGUCUUCAGCUUUCUGCAGAAGUUGCGGAAGGUGGUGGGUAUCAGGAAGCAUUGAGCAAUACAGUCUUUGAGUUGGCAAAUGGAGAGGUAGAGGCAUACACUGGUCUUUCACCACCGGUUCCCUCUUUUAACUGUGAAGUAAGAGAUGAAUUUGAAGAGUUAGACUCAGCACCUUUAGUCAGAAGUUCUACUGGUGAUACUGAGUUUGUCAGUCAGAACAAUCAGGAAUUUCAGAGGUCUUCUGAAGAUGAAGUUGUUAGAAAGAAACAGCAAAAUAAUACUAGCCAGGAGAGUCAGAGAGAAAAUGCAACUGAAGAUUCAGUGAAUGCUCCUGGGCAUAAUUGUAGUGAACAAAAUACUAGUGAUAAGAACAAGAACAAGGGAAGUUCUCCUGAACAGGUAGUGAGACCCAAAGUUAGAAAACUGAUAAGUUCAAGCCAGGUGGACCAAGAAACAGGUUUGAAUAGGCAUGAAGCUAAACAAAGAAGUGUUCAGAGGUGGAGGGAGGCUUUGGAAGUUGAGGAAAAUGGCUCAGAUGACAUCUUAAUAAAAUGUGAUGACUACGAUGAAGAACAUGAAUGCAUGUUCUUGGAUCCACCAAGAGUUACACGUAGGCAAACCGAACGUAACCAAAUUACAGCAGAAAGUGGAGCCACAGCACGAAGGCAAGAAGUUGUGGAUAACACCUUUUGGAAUGGCUGUCGAGAUUAUUAUUUGGAGUAUGACAAAGAUGAAGACAGUUCAGAAUGCAGUGAUGGAGAGUGGUCUGCUUCUUUGCCUCAUCAAUUUUCUGGUACUGAAAAAGAUCAGUCGUCAAGUGAUGAAAGCUGGGAGACUUUGCCCGGAAAAGAUGAGAAUGAACCUGAACUACGGAGUGAUAGCAGUGGUCCUGAAGAAAACCAAGAAUUAUCUCUACAGGAAGGGGAACAGACAUCCUUGGAAGAGGGAGAAAUUCCUUGGUUACAGUACAAUGAAGUCAAUGAAAGCAGCAGUGAUGAGGGAAAUGAGCCUGCCAAUGAAUUUGCACAGCCAGAAGCUUUCAUGCUGGAUGGUAACAAUAACCUUGAGGAUGACUCCAGUGUGAGUGAGGACUUGGAUGUAGACUGGAGCCUGUUUGACGGCUUUGCAGAUGGACUAGGAGUUGCUGAAGCCAUUUCCUAUGUGGAUCCUCAGUUCCUCACCUACAUGGCUCUGGAAGAACGCUUAGCCCAGGCUAUGGAGACGGCACUUGCACAUUUAGAGUCUCUUGCAGUAGAUGUUGAGGUGGCUAAUCCACCAGCCAGUAAAGAAAGCAUUGAUGGCCUUCCAGAGACCCUUGUUCUUGAAGACCACACUGCAAUUGGUCAGGAGCAGUGCUGUCCGAUCUGUUGCAGUGAGUACAUUAAGGAUGAUAUAGCAACAGAGCUCCCCUGCCACCACUUCUUUCACAAACCUUGUGUCUCGAUUUGGCUACAGAAGUCUGGAACAUGCCCCGUGUGCCGCCGCCAUUUCCCGCCUGCCGUCAUCGAAACAUCGGAUUCUGCUUCUGCCGAGCCUGACCAGGAUGCCCCACCUUCAAAUGACAGUUCUGCAGAAGCCCCCUAAACCUCAACACUUGAAUGAGAUCAUUCUAUCAAAGUAAAUCUGAAAAUUUCUUCUAAAUCUGAUGUGCAAAUAAUUAUAUAUAAAUAAAUUUAAAAUGCUAUAUAUAGUCUAUGCCAUAGUUUAGAAAGAAUAUUAACCUUUCUAAACUAAAUUUAGGUUUGCAGAAAGUACUAAACAUUUUCAAGCUGAAUGUUGAAGCAGUGCAUCCAUUUUCUUUUGGAUAUAUUGGUAUUAAUUGUAAAGUCAAGGUUACUAAUUAACCCUCUCUGGAAGAAAUAAUCACAUAUGUGGCACACAUUAUUGGUUUUGUCUGAGGUACUGCCACUAAGUGAUUGUAAUUAAGUUCUCCUGUUUGCACCAAAUGUGAAAACGGUGAUCACAACAGUAGUAAAAUUUGGUUUCAUUGGAAAUAAAAAGAAUUCUAAAACAUGCUUUUUCAUUGGUCCCUUUGCUUUUGCUACGUCAGACCCUCUUGGUUCAUAAUACUGAGUGAUUUUUUAGGAAAGUGUCUGCUCUUCGAUCUUUGUUUAAAAUUAGGACUUUUUAGAAUGCCAGACAAAAGCCAAAACUUGGGCUAAAAUAUCACAAAAUUUUAAAAUCUUAAAUGUAAUCCCCUUGGAAUGGUUAGGUAGUAAAAUAUAAACUUUUUUUUUUCUAAAUGGUGGAUGUGUUUAAAGUAAGGUUAGUAAAACAUGAGCAUUUUACUAUGGCUGGGGCUUGAGGUGAGGUUAGUAAAGCUCACGAACAAUCUGGCGCGCUCAGUGCGUGGUAUGAUGAGAUGAAUCAGAUGACCUUAUGAAAUCCUUUCUGCUUGGUUACAGUUAUACUUGUGAACAUGGCACAUCUGUUUAAUAAAUAUGGUUUUUAAUUUAUAAAUUUAUAAAUAAAUACAUUUAUAACGAAUGUAAAUACAUUUAGGUGUAUGUAUUUAUUUAUAAAUUUAUAAAUAUUAUAGUUUGUUUAAAAUAACUUUGGUUCUGAAAUAUUUCAGAAAGUCUGAAAACAAGCAAAAGUGUUUCAGCAUCCAUUCUGUUGUAUCCUGAGGGGAAAUCUGAUCCUUACUGGAAGACUAAUUAUACCAGCUUGUAUAAAGGAUAAAAUGGAUGGGGUGUAGAAAAGAUCUGGCUACACUUUUUUACCACAUACCUGAACCUCACUGUAUUAUAAUUUAUUCCUUUAGAGAAUUACUAAACAAGGAUUAUUCAUAGUACAUUUUCAGCGUUUGUUUCUUUACACUAAUUUAUUCUGAUAAAAUAAUUCACCUGGAAAUAAAUGAUAAAAAUAGGUAGUUUCAAAGUAAGCCAAAAUGAGCCCUGGGUGAAAAGAUUAUAUGAUCACCUAGUGACUCUGAGCAGAACUGAACAUGUAACACAGUUUCUUUCUUAUUUACCUUUCUCUAAAAGAGAAAAGAGCCUAAUCCCAGAUUUACCCUCUGAAAGGGUUGUGUUCACAUAUUUCUAUAAAAGUGAGGAAAUGAGCUUUCCUUAGUUGUUUUUAUGGGAAAGUUGACAUUUGGGGUGGUCCAUAAUUAUAUAAUGCCAAAAUAAGAUUGCACAGCUUUCUGUUUAGAUGAUCAUACCCAGUAGGCAAAUAUGUAAAAACAGGGACAUAAUAUUUUACUUCUAAUAUUUAAUUUACAGAUGUAAUUUGAUAUCAGUACCAGAGAAUGAUGGAUAUUAGCAUACCACAUUUGAGCAAGUAAAAUUACAAAGCACGUCAUGAGUAUACAUCCAUCUGAGAAGUACGCUGAUAAUUUAGUUUGGACACAUGAAAGGAAUAUUUCUGUGGCUUCCCAAAUGCAAAAUUAUAAUUUAUAUGUGUAAUUUUCUCUGAGUAUUUAUAUUCCAUCUUGUUUCUCCAUUCUUAAAUGAAUUUUCACUGUUGGCACAUUUGAGGCUUAAAUAUAAGGAACAUAACACUUGCAUUCUAAUUUUUGCAUAUAUUGUAAAUGUGUGUCUGGUAUUUACAGCAAAAUACUGUGUAUCCUUUUAUGGGUAAAACAAAAUUGAACAUUGCAUGCAUGUAAUGUGGUGACUUUGUAAUUUAGGGGUUCUUUGGGGCUUCUGUGACUUUGGAAAUGCUUACAUUCAGGCCUUAAUGUUGCAUUAGCUCGCAUGUUUUCCUUCUGAUGUAUAUAGUCACUGUUGUAUAAACUAAUCUUUGCUUGUUUUCUACUCUGUGAUCUUUCCAUACCAUAUUUCAUUGAUGAUCAGUUAGUGUCAAGGAGUCAAAUCAGAUUAAAAUUAAUUCUCAUGUGUAUAUUGUGAACUUUGUGGCUAGUGUGAUUUUUAAUUUCUUCUUUUUCUUGUUUCUCUUUUGUAGUGUUUCCUUCCUUUAAGUAAUAUUGAUCAGUUGUGACACUCGUUAGACUGACAUUGCUACAGAUUUCUCUGUAGUAAGUAAGCCACACAUUAUAUUUAGGCAGUAUUAAGGGAUGUCAGUUUUCUUCUCCUAGAUAGCAGCUGUCCCAAAGAAAAUAUUUCUUCUUUUCCUGUUAAGAUUUAGCUAUUAUCUGCCAGUUGUUAAGAGGUUUUGGUUCCAAACUCAACCAGCAGUGUUGAGAGCUGAACUUAAGUAACUGUUGUACUUUUUGCUUUCCAUCUGUUCCUAUCCUUCUUUCUUGGCUCCCUACUAUCUAUAAACAGCUGCUAUGAAGGAGAAAAGUUGAAUUAGAGUUGGCUUAAAAAUUUUUUUCAAGAAAUUUUGAGAUUUAAGAUUUUCAUUGUAACAAGUUGACAUAAGCUGAGGUGGAGAAGUUCAGAUACCAAAAUAUUGUUAGAUUCUCUGAAACACUGUUUGGAUCCUUUUGGAAAAGUUAAGAAUAUAUGAAGGUAAAUUAGGAAUAAGUAUAAAUAUUGAUAAAAGUAUUGCUUCUCUUAUUUCUCUAUAAGUGACUUGACCUAAUAAUUUUUUUUUAACAUUUUCUUCUUCCUUGUAAUAUGAAUGAUGAUAUUUAAAGGUAGAUCCAUGUGGUUUUCUGUUGUGUUUCUUAAUUGUUUAUCUCUGAGCUAACUAACUCUUAAGAUUAUUUGUGAUUUGGAUUUAUAUAUAAGCUGUUAAAUAUAUAUGAACUGUUAAAAUGGAAUGCAAGCUUUUCAAAAGCCCAAGUCUAAAUGUAAUGGUUGGUUUAUUGUUCAACAACCCCAGUCCAUCAUUUUCUGUGUAAAUCAUAAACAAUAAACAGGAUGUACUCAGUGGUCA